GAGCAGGCAUUGACAAUUGAUGGCACAGUCUUCUUUAUUGAUCACAAUCGUAGAAUUACAACCUUCGAUCAUCCAGUGUCUGGACAGCCAGUAAUGGAGGGGCCGACUCGCACACCACCACAGAGUCCGCUUACAAAGGGCAGUCAGCACAGGAAGAGUGGUAAAUCGCGGAACAUGAAAGCACCUGCUGCAUCAAGGGAAGAGAACUCUAAGGUCAUUCUAAGAGGAUGGCUUCAGAAACAAGAGAGUGGUGGGUUGAAGAUGUGGAAAAAGAAAUGGUGUGUCCUUGCCGAUUUUGGUCUCUUCUUCUACAAAGAUGAUUCAGAACAGACCUGUAUAGGUUCCAUUCUGCUGCCCAGUUACAAGAUAAGUCCGUGUAGCACGCAUGACAUAAACAAGAAGCACGCCUUCAAGGCUGAACAUGAGAACAUGAAGACAUUUUUCUUUGCUGCUGAGAACCAAAGGGAGAUGGAACAGUGGGUGGAAGCAUUAAAAAUGGCGUCUCUCGUACAGCGAGCUCCAGGACUAGGGCAUGUGCCAAAGCUGAUUCCUAAGUCACCAAUAAUGAGCUGGAAUGACAACAUUGACAGUCCAGGGAUUUCGCCUCCGGACAUGCAGCAAUUUCCAUUUGCCAAUCAGGAUGGGGAUACCCCUAGAGGGAAUCCAGACAAUAGUUUUAUUGAAAGAUCCUCCCUUCAAGCAAGGGAGAAUAUUCAAAAUUAUAGUGACCCUUAUCAGAGACAUAGGAAUGGAAGCGGACCAUCUAGUGUAAGUUCUGGAACAUUGCCAAGAGAUAGUAGGGGUCAGGGUCAAGGUCAGGGACCAGGGUAUGGGCAGCCAAGUUCUCAGUAUGACCCUAGGUAUCCUGGCGAAAGAACAGACAGAAAUAGAAGCUCACAGAGGUCAAGUCAAGGUCAAGGACUUCCAGAUGAUCAAAGGUCAAUGUCAUCUGUAGGUCAAAGGUCAGGUCAAUAUCCUUCCAGUACCAUGCCUAGAGACAUGAGACCUGGUCAGCCGGACAACAGAAGUUCAGGGUCACUCAGGGGUCAGGGUUACAACUCAUUGCCAAGAGAUCAAAGGUCAAGGCCACAUGAAGGUCAAGAGAUGCCACAUAGAGCAAAUGAAUAUAGAGAUAAAGACACAUCAAGGAGAAGAAGGGAAGAUAAUCCAUACAUGACAAUGAUGUCGCCUCAAACAAGUGAAAGGAAAAUGGAUCCCUUAAAGCACAGUAACAGACCAUUGCCCCAGGAGCCCAGACACGAGAGGCCCCGAUCACAAGAGCCCUCACAUGAAAAGGGACGUUCAGGGGGCGGGGAUUAUGCCAGCCUCACAAGGAUAAGGGAUAAAUGGCCAAAUCAACAGUUAUCUGACAGUGGCAACACAGGAUCUGGAAGUGAGACAGCUAGACCUAACCAUCUGUCCCCCACACAACAGCAGCGACCGGAUCUGUACGUGGACAUUCCACAUACAUAUGUCAAUGUUUAUGAUGAAUCUCAAGUCAGAGACCAGCCACCAGAGUUACCUUCUCGUCCACCACUCCCAGUAGAAAUGCGCCAUCAGAUUGUAGAAGAUAUUGCCAAAACCCACUCGCCCAACACCCAGCGGGACAUGAUAACGGCAGAGAAUAAUUUAGAACUGAGAAUGAAGCAGCCGACAUUUUUCAACUAUCCGACGCCGGUACAGGAAUCUCUACCAGCUUUCCCUCAGGAAAGUCCAAGGUCACAGUAUUCUCAAAGGUCGCAGAGGUCACAGGAUCCAAGGUCACAUGAAGAGGUCAGGGGUCAGCCUCAGUUACCAAGAAGACCAGAUAUUGCACUAGAUGCCCCAAUCUCACGACAAGAUGCCAGAAAUACAUACCAAUCUCCACCAAAUAAUUACGGUUAUAAUCUGAAUGACUCUAACUUAUCUAAUCACUUAGAUGGAAGUGAUAACACUCUUACAAAUGAAGAAGACAGAAAUGAUAAAAUUAGUGAAUUUUAUGGCCUUGGAAAAUACAACGCUAAACAGCAAGGCCAGAACAGAAGUGAUAAGUCACGAUUUAGGUCAGAUAUGGAUGUACGUACUAACACUUUGCCAAUGAAGCCUAUUACUGGUGUUACUGGUGAAAAAGAUUUUAGGUUGCGUAGUUUACCAGAUCAUGUACAAUCGAUGCCAGCACUAUACCAUGAGCAACAACCGUUAUCAAUACAUGUACCAGAGCGUGAACCGGUUGUCAAUAGUUACAUGAAUCUUGCCCAAGCGAAUAACAUACCGAAUGGUCAUGAGCCAGUGGAUCAGGAUCAAAGAAGAUCUGCAUUCCGACCCUUGUCCGCGAACUCAUUGCAGCGAAUUCCAAGCACUGGAAGUUAUCCAGAUGAUCGCUAUGGAGAUAACAGAGAUCAAGGUCGUAGAGAGAAUUAUCCUCAUCAGGGUAGGUCAGGGGAUUAUAUAUCUCCAAACUACCCUGAUCAAGGUCGGUUAAGCGAUUACAACACUUCUCCACAGGAUCAAACAGACGUAAAAAGAUUGUCGUCUGCUAGCUCACAACUUUCACAGAAUAGAGUGCCCCAGUGGAAGAAAGACACAUUACCAGGUGAUCAUGGCCCAGGUGGACAAAAUAGGGGUCAAGGUUACAGAGGUCAAGGUCAGAGAGGUCAGAGACAACAACCAGCAAUACAUACAGUUAAAGAAGACCCUGACAUGCCAGAUUCACAAGUGAUAGAAACUGAUCUUCCAAAGAAAGUGUUCCCUCUCAAUGGACCUAGACUACGAAUGAGUAUAUCUGCAACUGAUUUACUUGGCAAAACACAUGAUGAGUUGGUGCUAUUGUUGAUACAACUACGGCGUGACAAGGCGGAGCUUAAUGAACAGAGAGAUGGUAUCAGAAAGACCGUGGAACAAAACAGACCUGCAGAAUUCUACUACAGAAAAUUACAAAAUGAGGGUCGACCAGUAGAUGGUGAGAAGGAACUACAGCACAGAAGAUACAUGGAUCUGAAACAUAAACUCGAGGAGGUUGAGAAAAAGCUGGAGGUAUAUAAACCACUGGUGAAUCUUGUUUGUAACAUGGUAACCAUGGGUAGUUUAUAUGGAGGAGACAAUCUCAUGUUGGCUACAGAAUACAGAAAGCAUCUGUUAUCCCCAGAACAAUAUUCUCCACCCAAGAAAAUGUUAGAGUUUUCUCGAAAACACCAGGAAGAUCGGGUGAUACAAGAAAUAGAGGAGGACGUAAAACAUCUCACACAGGAACGAGCUGAUUUAGAGGAGAAGUUGAAUCGUCUUUAUGACCUUGAUAAAGUUAUUCAGGAUCAGUCAUUCCAAGUGACCAGCCUCAAAGAAGAUAGGGAAAUGUUGGAGCGAGCUCUUGGUGGUUUAUUAAAGAAACAAGAUCAACAUUGCACCAACCCCCGUGAGUUAGACAAACUUAUACAGCAACAGAAAACAGUAGAGAAAGAGUUAUCCAGGGUACUACAGCAACUAGCUGAGGCUUCUAAGGAAUUGGAAGAAACGACUGCAGAAAACAACAAGCUAGAACAUGAGGUGGCAUUAUUGAGGUCAAAGGUCCAUGGCAAUGUAUCUCGCAGCAAGAGUGCCCCAUCCCUGUCAAGUGAGUCACUACGUACGAAGAUGAAAAUGGAGAAAGAUUUAGCGAAGGUAAAGAACAUUAUGGCAGGUCUGUCACAAGAGGGCGCCAGAUUACAGGAAAUGAUGAGCACGUUACGGAAACCAAAAUCUGCUACAGAUCCACAGAGCCCUACUUUUCAAAAAGGGCGGCUACCCGGUACUGAUCAGCGAGAUGGUAAAAAGUCGGAUGGCAGCACCUAUUACGAGACCGACCUUGACAACGGACAGUCAAAGGAUCUAGCCCAGGUGACAGCACUCCUGGCAUCAUAUCAUUUACUACCUGGUCAGCCACUUGAAGAUAUUAGCCUUGAAGCGCCUAGUACAAGAUCUGAAGUUGGGAGAAGUUUUGGUUCCCCUCCACCAAGCACAGAGGAAGGUACCAGUGCAUUUAGAACCGUGAGUCCUUCAAGGAAGGAAGACGACACAACAUAUCAUGCAUCGCUUGUACAAGCAACAUUUCAUCCCAGUACACAGUCACAAUUAGAGAGUGGCAUAGAGACAGAUGGAGCACCUGAUCAGUGGGACAUUGGUGAAGCAGACGACAAUACUAAAAGAUUUUUUGAUUCGGCUCUUUAUGUAGGUCUGAUUCCUAAAAAUAUGCCCAAGCAGCAGACGGUUCGGGACGUGAAGAGAAUCUCCGAGACACGCAAAGAGGGGAAGAAAAGAGAAGACUCACCUCCAUUACGUGUGGGGGUCAUUCCGUCAGAUUAUAAUGACAACACUCAUGUAUAUGAAAACCUUCCCCAGCAGAAAUCAACUUCUUCUGAUGAGCAAAAAUUACCAUGGGCGGCAUUACUGAAGGACGAGGAACCGGUUUCGGGCACUCAGAGGCGGCGCUCAAAUUUACACCUUAUGACUCCAAAACCUUUUUCUUUAAAUAGUAAACCCACACCUUAUAGCAGUGUAAACAAUGUAUCCUCAUCUUCAAUGUAUAAUAGCCAGAAUCUUGACCAAUCAGACGCACCCUUACAUAACCAUAAUACUCAAGAUAGCCUAUCACAGUCAUUUAAUGAUAAUUUGAACAAUUUUGAAAACAACCAAUCAAAUGACAACUAUAAACCUACAGAACAAAUGACAGUACAGCUUACAAACAGGACUCCUCCCCCUCCGCCUGUGAGAGGAACCAGCAAGUAUAUCACAGCAGAUGUCUCAAACCUUGAAAAUUUGAAAGAAAUGUUUAAGAAAUCGUCAAGUAAUAGAAACUAUGAACCCCCGGUACCAGCAAUAUUGAAAGGACGAAAUGCACGAAAUUCUCAGAAAGGACGAUAUUUGACCAUAUCGAGCUCUGAACCAAUCAAGUUGGAGCAAAAUGCAUUACAGUCACCGAAACUUCACUCACAAGCAGGAGACCUUAUCACAUCAAUGGACAUACCUGAUAUUGUGAAGAGUUCAACCACAAAAUCAGACCUUUAUGAUGAGAGAACUAUAGACAGAGAAAUAUUGUAUUUCCCAGAGAAAGUAGAAAUUCCAGAACGUUACAUUCCUGACUCGGAUGACGAGAGUAUAACGGAGGAAGAGAAGGCACAUCGACGAGAAAAGGCGAAUAAAAUCAAGAAAAUUCUUACACAACAAAGCGUGCACUCCCUGUCCCAGCCGGACGUGAGCAAGGUGGCGGGCGAGGUCCACGAGCGCGUACAGCAGGAGAAACAACAGCGCGCCCUCCUGUUAGGUAUCAACCAAGAGCUCGCUGAGCAGGUCAAGAGGAAAUCACGACAAUACGCUGCUGAAAGAAGAAAGACAUGGUCGGGGACUACACACAAAGCUGACGUAGACCACGACCAGCAUGCAGAAACCGACGACGAAUACCACGGUGAUGCUAACAAUAACUCAUAUAACAUACAGGAUAAUAAGGACAUGUAUUUUUCGGAAAACACAUCAUAUGGGAAAGACCCGUACAGUAGUGAUAUUUAUUCUAGCAGAGGACAGUACGGUGACAGCCCUGGAUAUUUUGAUGCUAGCUACAAUUCUACCUCGUAUACCGACAGGCCAAACUUUAAAAUAUAACAGUGAACAAAAAUUAAUAAUUCUGAAUUUAUUUUUACAAUGUGCUUUUAGUUGUAGUGUCAUAAUGUCUAUACAGUAUGGAGAAAAUCUAUACAGUAUGGAGAAAAAACAUGGAUUUUAAUCACUAAAAUGACAUUGUUUUGUGUUAAAAAGACAAAAUUAUGUCAUUUAAAGACAGCAUCCAUAAUGCUUCGUUCUGCUUUACCCAUAAUGCU